CGUUUCGUGUUGCGUGCUACGUUAUACGCGAGCACGUUAGCAUACCGUCGAAGUUUUCAGAAAGUUUCGUGCGCUUGAAUAUUGGAUGCAAUUUGUGCUAUUAAUGUUGUGCUUUGUGAAUAUAUACGUGCCAUUUACGUAGAUUUGUAACAGUUCUACAAUAGGACAUUUUCAUUGGAGUAUUACGAUUAUAGCAAUAUGAGGGUCGUCAGAUGAACUGUCUUGCGGAGGAUCGGCGCUACGUCGGUGGCGAGAGCAUUAAGGCAUGGCUUCGGGACACGUGCAAGCUUUCAUCUCCAUCGUCAUGCUGCUCUGCAAAGAGUAUACCGUGACAAGCUUGGAACUCUUGGAACUCCGGGUGCCGACACACGUGCCUCUGGGCACAAGGCCGUCGCUAUCAUGUCGCUGGCGACUGAGUCCCACCGAUAUUUUGUACUCCGUCAAAUGGUACAAAGAUGGAAAGGAAUUCUUUAGACACGUUCCGCGCGAUGUUGAACCUAGGAGAAAAUUUUUGUUGCCUGGAGUUGAUGUAGAGCAAUCAACUCCCAACGCAUCUAACGUGACGCUUUACCCAGCGGUGCUCGAGACAGGGGGACGCUACCGUUGCGAGGUGUCUGGCGAAAGACCACUCUUCCCGACCGUCUCUGAUCAUGCUGAUAUGAUCGUAGUAGCUCUGCCCUCUACAGGACCAGUUAUAACCGGUUCUCGAUUACGAUAUCAGAUUGGGGAUCGAGUUCAAGUAAAUUGUACGUCUGGACGGUCGCGCCCCGCUACGAGGCUCUCGUGGUACAUCAACGGUGAACCAGCUCCUCUUUCCAGUGUUCUCGAACCUGAGCUUUACAAACACGAAGAUGGCUUAGAAACUACGAGUCUUGUCCUCGACUUUAAAGCUAAGCCGAAGCACUUUCGGAAGGGAGACUUAAAGUUGAAGUGCCUCGCAACCAUCGCUACAGUGUACUGGCGUAGCAACGAAGAAAGCGUGCAAGGCGAGCGGUCGAAGGGGUAUUCCCGCUCCAAGGAGUCCCUCGAGGGCGCCUCGCGCGCUGACCGUGUGCAAGCCGCGGGCAAGUCCGGCUAUCGCGACCGCAACGUGCCCCCCCUACCGGUGAUACUCCUAUUAGCUCUCGUUCUCCAUUUUCCAACGAGAUUUUACAGAAUGUAAGGAAACAUUUUGCAUUCCAUUAAUAUUCGACACGUUUCAAGAAACUUAAACUCUCAAGAGCGUAAUGGAAAAAGAAGAAUAAAAGAAAAGAAAAUUCCAGAUUUUACUGACUGAAAGUUGUGACAGACACUAAUUUAGACAGAAGAUAACUAAAUAAAUUACAACAAUAGUAUUAAACAUAUAUAGGUACACAUAACUUCUGGUAAGAGUAACUUGAGAAAUAUUAUGUCGCUUUAAUUGUAAAUACGACACUAAACAUUAUAAAAACUAUAUAAACGUGUAUUUAUUAUAAAAUAAUAGUAAAGUUAAAACAUAUAUGUAUUCCAAUUAAAAUUAAUAUUGUCGGCUUAAUUUAUUCAUAAUCUUCUACUCAAUAAUGCUCCAAAGAGAUAAAUAUUACCAAAGUAUAUAAAAUCCUGUCUGAAUGUAUUGUAUGUAUAUCAAAGAUAUAAUAUUUAAACAUGUAAAGGCGACUAUAA